AAUUAAUCAUGGAGGAAGGAACAAUGUAAUUAGUCGGUACACGUUUUUUGUCUUUCCUUUUAGUUUUAUUGACAACUAUAGCUGAACAGUCUAAAUUGGAUAGAUCUGGCAUUUCACACUAGCACUGUCCAAGGUCAGUGAAACGAUAGACUGGCAGGUGAGCAGUGGCUGUGUACUAACCGAACAGGUGUGUCAGCCAACUAUUGCCAACAUUUGUUGGUCGGCAGGCAUACAUGUACACGUACAUGUAAGCUAGUUCACAGUUCGACCAUUGAGGCACAGUCCUGUCAGGUGGUGGUACUGUGCAUGUGGUGGGGUUGUACGCAGACAGUAUCAAGGCCGCUGGUUGUGCCAUGCGCUGAGCUGGUGGUGUGCUGAAUACUGACUGACAAGGAAGAUGCCGGCGGUCAAGUUUAACCUCAAGUAUUUUUCGCUGGGCGUUCUGAUUGUGCAGACCACUUCGCUGGUCCUGACAUUGAGGUACUCCCGCAUGGUGCAGGGUGAAGGCCCGCGCUACCUCAGCACAACGGCCAUCGUCAUGGCUGAGCUGUUCAAGAUGCUGAUGUGUCUUCUGCUGGUGCUUGGAGGGGAAGGAAUGUGGAAUCUGUCCAAUCUGGCCACCAUUAUCCGAGAGCAGAUCAUCCAGAAACCAGCUGACACGCUCAAGCUAGCCGUUCCGUCCGGUCUCUACACAAUACAGAACAACCUGCUCUUCCUUGCAUUGUCCAAUCUUGAUGCUGCGACCUACCAGGUUACUUACCAGUUGAAGAUAUUGACAACAGCCAUGUUUUCAGUAGUUAUGCUUAGCAAGAAACUGAACUCGUACAAGUGGACAUCACUGGUGCUUCUCAUGGCUGGUGUUGCAUUGGUACAGAUGCCAGCAGAAAGUCAAGCUCAAGAAAAGAGUGAGUCUGUACCAUCCAAGAACCAGUUCAUUGGCCUGGUGGCUGUACUCUCGGCCUGCUUUUCCAGUGGUUUUGCAGGUGUCUACUUUGAAAAGAUACUCAAGGGUACCAAGCAGUCGAUAUGGCUACGAAAUAUUCAACUUGCUUUCUUUGGUGUCUUAUUUGGCUUGGGCGGUGUUAUCAUGAACGACGGGGAAAAGGUCCGGUCUGCAGGUUUCUUCCAAGGUUACAAUAAUCUCACAUGGAUCGUCGUCUUAUUCCAAGCCUGCGGUGGGUUGAUCAUAGCAGCUGUCAUUAAGUAUGCGGAUAACAUCUUGAAAGGAUUUGCCACAUCGCUUUCCAUCAUCCUGUCAACAGUCGUUUCCUACUAUUUGCUUAACGAUUUUGUUCCUUCCAGGUUGUUUUUCAUUGGAGCAACUCUCGUCAUUGGAGCGACAUUCCUUUAUGGCUAUGAACCGCCCAAAAACUCCCAGCUGUCCCUGCCUAAGCCUGUUUGAUGUGUUCCCCUCUCAUCUGGCACUCUACUUAAUCCUUUGGCGAUCACUGACGUGAAGAACAUUACCCGGCAACCGUAGCUGUGGCAAUUGCCAUUCAGUUGCUGGAGCAGUUUUUGUUGACUGUGUUCAGCAGAGGACGUCUGUCCAUUUCCUUGAGACCAAAAGCUGUAGGUAUGGUAGAAGGAUUAUGAACUUGUAAUAGUUAUUUUGCAUAUGCAUGGAUGCACCGGUUCACCACUCUGCGCUUAUUGUCUUCCAUUGUACAGUUACUAUUUUUCUUGCUACACACUUUUUAAUGAAAUGUGGGACUGGGUUGGAUUCAAACCUGGGCCUUUCAAAGGGAAUGGGGGGAAGAGGGUCAUGUCUCCCCCCGGAGGAACCCCAAUUCUUUUUUUUAAAAGUAACAAAAGGUGAUUUUUUGGGUCCAUUUCUUUUCCUUCCAAAAGCGUGAACAGUGCCCCCCGAAUGUUGCCUUACCUCUCAGAAAGGCCAUAAAAGGUUACAUGGAAAAUUUCCAAAUUUUGUCCCCCUCCCGUUACUUGUUCCUGAAUCCCCCCUGGGGUCAUAUGGACGGAAUUUGCCAAUUUUGCCAAUCUGACUUGACCUUGACGUAGCAGGUUUUCCAUCAGCGGCAGUUACUGCCUAAAAAACCAGUAGAUUGUUUCAUGACCUUUACUUCAAAACAAACUUACAACCUUCAUAUCUUAUCAGCGUGUAACAAACUUUACAGUAAGAAAAUUACGUCAAGUUGAUUCUUAUCCACUCGGUGCUGGGUUGCCCAAUACCGGGUAUCUUGGGUCUGUACGCAUUGCCGGGGUGCCCGCUACCAGGUACCUUGGGUCUGUACGCUUUGUACGCAUAGCCGGGGUUCCCGGUACCGGGUACCAUGAGUCUGUACGCACAACUAGGAUUCCCAGUACCAGGUACCUUGGGUUUGUAUGCAUAGCCGGGGUGCCCGAAAUCGGACAAAGGAGUUGGGCCUUGUAACAAAAGACCAUACUUGGAACAAAAGACUGAGCUGCUGGGAAUUGUCAACAUUUUUCAGCACAAAGUGCUGGCAUUAGCGAAGGUAAUCCAUCACUGCUUUGAAACAGUAUAGCACUGUUUGCAGCAUUCAGUGCCUGCAGAUUAGCAGCAGGGACAAAAGUGCUCCAUCACUCCAGUGCUCUAGCGAUGAGCGAUACAAGACUGCUGCAUGCAAAUCUGGCUGCAGUUGAAAAUACACCACUGCCAUUCAGCAAUGCACUGGGCCAAUUUUGGGAACAAAGAAAAUUACACAACACU